UAAAAUUAUUAAUAAAAAUAAUAUCAACAAGUUGCCUGGAUGCAACUGAAUUAUGAAUAGUUACAUAUAUUUAGACGUUGAAUUGAAACUAAAAGAAGAAUCAUCAGCUGUAUUGACACCGGCAUAUUUUCAAGGAAGCAUUGAAACAUCAUUGACUGAGUUUUUUGGUGAAAUUGGUGGACAAACAGAAUUGGAGCUGCAAAAAUUUGAUUGUUCACAAAAGCGUGGCAUUUUGAAAGUACCCAAAGAAUUUGCAGCAAAAACAAAAGCUGCCAUUACCCUUAUUGGACGUUUCCAAGAUAUACCUUGUCAUUUUGCAAUCCUUAAGACUUCUGAGAAACGUUUGGAAUUAUAA